AUGAUCUUCUUAAUCACUUAUCUGUUAUUGCUCGUCGUUCUUGUUUCCGCCAGAGGAUGCAAUCUUGUCACAAACUUAACCUGCACCUCUGGAGCGCAUAUCAUAGUUGUCAGAGGUAGUCUCGAGCCCCAGGGGCCUGGCAUCAUCGGAGUUGUCGCCCAGCAUAUCUCGAGCAAGAUUCCCAACUCGGACAUAAGUGCUCUCGAGUAUCCAGCCAUCUACGACCCCUACAAACCGUCUCAGACUGAAGGCGUCAGAGCUCUUACCAAAGUGGUUAAACUGUAUGCUGCACUCUGUCCUAAAACAAAGAUGAUUAUUCUCAGGAUUUCUCAGGGGGCUCAUAUAACCGCUGAUGUUAUGUGUGGUACAAGUUCAGUCGGUUUCCCAGCUACAAAACCACAGCCUCGCAACAUCGCCAACAAAACAAGUGCUGACUCGAAUCGACAGAUAUUCCCUCGUCAAAAACCGAAUGGAUGCCGAUACGUCUCUGGCAAGACCAUGUCUUUCUGUGAGGCUGGAGGCCAUGACCUGAGCACUCAUAUGAGAUACGUGUCAACGUAUGGACAAACGGCUGCUGAUUUUGCUGUUUCCAUGUUCCAUCUUGCCUAG